AUGGUAGUAUCCGAUACCAAACUUUUGUACCGCUACAACCAUGCUGAUUUUACUAUCAAGACUAUCUACUGUGAUGGUGAAUUUAGACCAGUUUUUGAUGAUGUUAAAGAUGAGAUGAAUGUUGAUAUGAAUUAUCCAAGCCGGGGGGAACACAACCCCACAGCGAAACGAAACAAACAACAUAUCAAGGCGUUGUUCCGUGUCCAAUACCAUCACAUGCCAUAUAAGGCCCUUCCAAGGAUUAUUACUGAAGCUAUUGCAAAACAAAUGGCACAGACUUCCAACUUUUAUCCCGCCAAAGGGGGUAUUUUGGCCUAUUACAGUCCUCAUAUGAUUUUGUUGCGACGCCAAGUUGAUUACUCGAAAGAAUUUGUUGCUGAACUUGGGUCGUAUGUCCAUGGUUAUGGACAUGAUACUCGCAGUGAUCAUCGGUCACGCACUAUUGAAGCGAUUUACUUGGGACCAGCUGAUAAUAUGCAAAAGGGUCACAAGCUAUAUGAUUUGAACACGAAGAGAGAGGUUACUAGGCCUCAAAUUACGGUGCUCCCAAUCACUGAUCAAGUGAUCAAAUUGGUUGAAGUCCAUGCUGCUGAGGAAGGCCUUACAGAUUUACGAACCUAUUCCAGGCACAAUGGAGAAAUAAUUUUGGAUGCUGAUCUGCUUGCAGGAGUGGACCCAGAUGAACUGUGGGACGAAGACUAUGUACCUGCAGAUAUUGAGAUUCCACCAGUGAAUGACAUGAAUUUGCGCAAGAAUGAUGCAAUCACAGAUGAAGAACUCGAAGAACUAAUCGAGGAUGCAGCCAAAGAUAUAUUGGAAUCUAGAAAAAUUGAGGAUAAGAGACAACAUGAAUAUGAUUGGGCAGAUAGAACUGUCGACCGCAUGCUGCAACGAAUUAAGAGACGUCAAGAAGAAGACAAUGAAGACGAUAUUGAAAUGGAUAUCGAUGAUGACAAAUUAAAAGAUAUGAUUGAUGAAGUAGCCCAUGAGUUGGAUAGAUUGAGCCAACCGAUUGAAGAAGAAAUAAUGUUCAACGUUGAAGAUGAAGAUGAUGACUAUGAGGGUGAAUUUGAUGCGGAAGAAAUACAAGAACUGCAAGAAGCAGAAGACAAUCCGCAAGUAUAUCCUGACAAAGAAGAUGAUGUUUGUUCAGGAGUGAGGUUUGAAGAAGUCCCCAUGUUGAGUACAACAGAUGAUUCAAAUAAAGACAAAACAAGGGGAACACAAAGUGGACAAUCAUUUUAUUCAAACGGGGUCAAGUAUCGACCCACAGAUAGGAAUUGA